CUUCUCUCUCCUUCUCUGUCUGUGCUCUCUCCCUCUCUUCCGUUGCAGAGGAACUGGAGCUCCCCCUUCUCUCUCCCGUUGAAGCCCUAGCCAAAUGGAUGAAAUUGCAUGAAAACUGUGAGCAGAAUUACAUUGCUUUGAGCGCUAGAUUGCUUCUAGACUCGAUGCACUUUUAAAAGUAGAGAAUGAUGGUCAGACAAAAUACUUGCAUGUGAAAGAAUCAUGGGAUCAGCUUGCUGUGUUGCUUCCAGAGAACAAACUGUUCCCUGCCGAGCAGCCAAUGAGACUUUGCACAGGAAUAUCAUAUAUUCGCCGUCGUGGAGCUUCCGUUGGGAAAAUAGAAGACGUGUGGCUGGUGAAAUUGACAAUCCACCAUAUGAGCUCAAUCAUGGAAAUAGCGACUGUGCUCCCACUGAGAUUAAGGAACCAAUCAGUUCAAGACGAGGCCACAUAUCAGAUGGAAGAAGUCCGUUGGGAAUCAUGGGUGCUCCUAUCUCUCAACAGUCCCCAGCUCAUGAUGUAGUAGGAGCUGAUUCAGCAACAUCAAUAUCUGAUAUAUCCCAGGCAAACAAUGACUCUGCAGAGCUGAAGAAUGCUGCAGAAUCCCCUGAAUCAGUCACACCGAAGAUCUCAUUUUCCACAACCAUACCUCCAUCCUUUUCAAUGCCAAUAGCAGAUCCAUUGUCUUCCCAUACUCCUGCUAUUCCUCCAAAUUCUACCCCCUCAAGACGGGCUGUAGGACACCAGUUGUUGAGACAAAUUUCUGAUAGUCGGAUUUUGGGAAUGAAAUCACCAUGUAGGAACUCGGUAUCUGAAGGAAGACCAUCAUUCGUUCUGUCCCCUUGUAGCAAUGAGUUCACUGCAGGAUCCCAAAGUGGCUUUUCUGAUGGCUGGUCUAUGCGCACAUUUUCUGAGCUUGUGGCCUCUUCUCAGAAAGAGAGGUGGUCUUUUGACAGUGAGCAGUUCAGCUCUGGUUGUGGCAAGAUUAGUGGAUGUAGCAGCAGGUUCUCAUCUUCACCGUCCAUCGAUUUGCAAACAUGUGGCGCGUGUACUAAGCUCCUGACAGAGAGAUCAUCAUUUAGAAUUACCAGCAAUGAGGUUGCAGUGGUUGCAGUUCUGGUCUGUGGGCAUGUUUACCAUGCGGAGUGCCUAGAUAUCAUGACUCAAGAGACAGAUCGCUACGACCCGAACUGCCCAAUUUGUACAAUGGGAGAGAAGCAAGUAUUGAAGAUGUCCAAGAAAGCUGAGUUAAAGUCGAGGAGCUAUAAGAUAUUCAAGAAACGGGUUGGGGAUGGUGACUCAAAGAUUUUUGAUAAAGGGAAAUUGAUGGCACAAGAAAGAAAAAUUCCCAGGUUAGAAAUGAGUUCCAGUUCAGGGAGCUCUUUUACAAAGCCCUUCUUAAGAAGGCACUUCUCUUUAGGAUCCAAGUGGGGCAGGUCCUUAUCAGAGAAUGAUUCUGCGAGGAAGAGGGGCUUUUGGUCGAGAUAUCGCAGAGAUUGAACAGUUCUAAGAGUCAAUAUCUUUAAGAAGUAUACUGGGAGCGAUCGCUCGGUUGGGCUUCGAGCACUUCUUGGAGUCUGAUAUAUGGAACUAAAGAACAGCAUUUUAAAUGCCGGCACUACCUACGCCAUCAAUAUCAGGAGUGGUACAUGGGAUGUGAUGGCGUUGAUCUGAAGUUACAGCAGUACGGGGUCCUGUUUUGCCCAUUCAUAUGCCGAAUUUCCAUUGAAGUCAGUUUCACCUUAGGCAGCAUGGGACUUGAUUUUGUGCCCGCUAAUGGAGAGGAUUACCUCAUUAGGUUACUGAUCGUAUAAUGUGAAUCCUACUCUGGAUUCGGGAGCAAUGCAACUCACCUUAGUUUAUCUAUUGAUGGCUGCUUAUAUAUUGAUCAGGCGGCUGUUAUGACAUGCUAUUGAUGGCUAUAUCUUUAAAAUAGUGCUGUACCUUGUAACUCUAAUACAGAUCAACUUAAGGUAUGUCAUUGACAUUCCACUUGGUAAA